AUGUCCAACACUCACCUCACCGUCCCCGGCAGCAAUGCCAAGCUCAUGGUCGCUCCUCCUCGCAUCAACCUUCGCCGCGCCAAGUCGUACAACGCCAACGACCAGGCACCUCUCUCGGCCACCUCGUCCACCUUCAACUUCAACCACCUCCUCUUCUCGCCGCCGCCCUCACCCGCCCUCCCCCCGCUCGUCCCCCGCCGCAAGAGGGCGGCCAGCGACCUGCUGCGGAAGCCGACCCCGAGUCGGCUGCUCCGCCUCGGCGUCUGGACCACCAUACUCUUCUCGACACUGUACGUCCUGGCCUUCGCCCUGCUGAACCAGGAUGCCAUGGCUACCGUCCGCUCCCACCUCGGCUCCGAGACGUUCGACAUGGUCGCCCUCGACGCCGUGCCCGACUUCCCCACGCCCAUCGUCACCACCGACGCCAAGGGCCAGGCCAGGUGGACCUUCUUCGUCCCGCCCACCUACAGCUUCCCCCUGGCCUCGGACCAGUACGCCGCCAUGGGCCGCCACUGCCGCGAGGCGUCCGCCCAGGUCCAGGACAUGCACCGCAAGUCGCCGCUCUCGGACAAGACGCUGCUCAAGCACGACGCCCCCGAGGCCUACUUCAUGGACGUGGCCGAAGCCGAGAAGUCGGGCCUGCUGCCGGAGCCGCCGCGCAAGGCGAGGUGGACACGGCACGGCCUCGGCCACUUCGUCGGGCUGGAUGACGCCGCGGGCGCAUCGUCUGACGGCAAGAACGCCUACCAGCAGCACCAGCUGCUGCCCAUCUGCCAGAGCUCCAUGACCUACGUCCUCGACAACACGGACGCCGGCAUGGGCAACGAGCUCAUGAUGCUCUGGGUCUUCUACGGCAUCGCCAAGCAGGAGGGCAGGGCCUUCUUCAUCGACGACUCCCGGUGGGCCUACGGCGCCUACUCGGACAUCUUCCAGCCACCGCCGCCGCCCAUGUGCCGCCCCCCACCCCGGCACCACAUGGUCCCCUGCCCCUUCCAGGCGCGCCACCUGGUGGUGUCGGGCGCUUCGGCCGACGACGUGGCGCCGCCCCUGAUGGCCAAGUACCGGCGGCACAACGGCACGGGUGACAGGGUGCGCGACGUGUGGAACCUCGCGCACGCCGGGUACGAGGCCCUGUUCCGUAUCAACAAGGACGACGGGGCGUACGUCGAGUCGCGCAUAGGCGAGCUCAGGAGCCGGUCCAGGAAGGGCAUAACCGCCCCGGACGCCCCCGUCAUCGGGCUGCACGUGCGCCGCGGCGACCUGCACCCGAUAGAGUACCAGUACCGCGACACCUACAUACCCGCCGAGGUGUUCCACGACAAGGCUGCCCAGCUGGCGGCCGCCACCGUGCGGACCGGGACCGGAGACGAGAGCGCCGGUGGCCGUCCCGGCGACCUCAUCAUGGUGCUCGCCUCCGACGACCCGACCAUGCAGAACCAGGCCGACUUCGCCACGGCCGUUCCCGCCCAGCAGAGGAUCCGCCUGGCCUCCAACGACCAGGGGAAGCCCCAGCACCUCAACGACAUGAUCCACCGCUUCGUCGAGGAAGCCUCGGGCUGGGAGGGCGGCUUCUUCGCCCCCAUCUUCUGGAACCUCGGCAAGGAGCGGAGGAACAACGCCGCCAACGCCCCGGGCGGUGUCGAUGUCGGCGGCGGCGACGCCACCGCCCCCGUACCCGAACAGACGCUCAAGCUGCGCAGUCUCCUGGGCAGGGCGUACGUCAUGGACCUGGCUGUCCUUGCGCGGGCUAGCGACGGCAUCGUAUGUGCCGUCAGCGCCAUGGGGUGCAGGCUCCUGGGGGCCAUGAUGGACUGGGACAAGGGCGUGGGAGGUAACGGAUGGGUCAAUGUAGAUGGCCACUAUGGCUGGACGGCUCUCGACGGAUGGUGA